AGUCGUCAGGCAGUGGUAGCCAUUGCUGCAGCAGCAAAGAGAAUUGUGAAUUCUGCGCGUGGUCGUGUGUGUAUAAGUGAUGUAAACGAGGUGGAUUAAUUUAUUUGAUGACGAAUUGUUUUCAGAUUUCAGAAGGUUUAUUUUCGACACACGGUGCCGCGUAUUGAGAAUAUCUGUCUGCCCUGGAUAUAUAUGUGUGUAGGCGGAAGCCAGCGUUACUCAGAGGUGAAGAAUGGAUUGUGACUUACAAAUUGUGGUGAUGCUGAGUGUAUCUCCUUAAGCUAUAUGAUCACUCUCUGAUGAUUAGUCAUCAUGUCUUCGAAAUUGUGGGGCAGAUACGCUGAUGUUAGCGUUAUAUUGUGUGAUUUUUAUAUUGUGACGAAGGAAAGUGUUUCUUUAGGAAUGUGCAAUUAAUUGUACAGAAAAGUUGUGAAGUACGGGUAUUUCCUUAUCUCCUUUAAUUAUGAAGUUGUACGUGAAGUUUCAUAGGAAAACUGACGUAAUUAUUUAUUUGAAGUUAGAGAAAGUUCAGGUAAAAUUUGCCGCUUGAGUGUCCAGUUUCAGAUUUCGGUGCAAGCAAUGUGCAUGCAAGUGAGUUACGUACGGUUGACGAACUGUGGACAGGAUAAUGCUUUCCGUAGCGUUUGUUUGCAUUUUACCAAUUAAGGAAACAAGUAGUGUAUAUCAACAAUGAACUGCAUUAAUACAAAUCGGUGUUUACCUAAGAAGGCAGAAGUCUUGUGCGAAACGUUGAGAAUACCAUAUGAAGAAAUGUCGAUGCCCCAUUAAGAUGCCUUUCUAACACUUACGUGAUAAACCGAUUCGUCAUGGAGAUUUUUAAAGAUAGAAAGUGAAUGAGAAGAAAUUAACGAUGCUUUUUUGUUGCUAGGAUACUGUAACAUCUCAUUACAACAAUUGUUAACAGUACGCAGCUGUUAAUAUUGUGCAGCGAAGUUCUUUUAUGAAAGUUAUUACAUAAUGCUUUGCGUAUGCCUCAUUUUCUCUAAUAAGCUCGAAACAGAAUUGAUUGGUGACCUUUUAACAUGAUUGUAAUUGAUGGAAGAAUGGCGGAAGCCGUGUUUUGCUCUGUAAUUUGGUACUGGUAUGGUAAUUUCUGACAAUGCUGGACAAUAGUAGUGGUGGUAAUGGUUCAGGAACUGGGGGGACGGGGCGUAGGAGGUCGACUUUCUACGUGACUUUAUCAGAGAACAUGACUGCGAACGGUGGUACAAACAAUUCGGAAAACAGAGAAAUUCUGGACAAGACAAGUAACACAAAAAUGUCUCCCCAAAAGAAACUGUCAAAUUCAAGUCAGACACUCACAGUAGUGGAACCAGAAAAGAAUGCCGUUUCAAGAAGAACUUCAACACCAAAAUCAUCAUCACAGACUCAUCCAUCGAAAUCCCCAUCAAAAUCGUCUCAUGUGUCAAUGAAAACUGGUACAAAACCGUCACCUGUGCAUGCCCCUCAACCGUUCAAGGCUUGUACAAGAACUGUCCAGGGUCCACAGUUACUGAGACUUCCUCCUCCACAGUCACCGAAAACUCCAAAGAAAUCAUCAUCUUUAUUGCAGUUAUCCAGCAUAAAAUCACCAGAAUCUUCAUCAUCAUCAUCAUCAGCACAGAAAACUGGUGGCAAACCUCUCCAGCUUUCUUUGUCUCUGAGACGAACGCCCUCGACCAGAACAACUGUGGUAGUGACUCCACGUGACGGCGGUAAAUCGAGUGUACGAAAAGUUUCGCUGAAUACAAAAACUGCAUCAACAGUUUCAAGUAAAGCACCGUCAAAGGAUGGGCACAAACAGAUUCCCCUCGUUGUGGUGGAUCAGCAUGACUGUAGCAAUGAUGUGAAAACAAGUGAUACACAGGAAGCGAAACAGUCAUCCCGUCAGGUCAGCAAAGAUGGCGGCGAAGACGUCAACGAUGCCGGUGUUCAUUCUGAUACAUCGUAUGAGAAGGCGUGUAGAAGGGGCAGCGCUCCGGCCACCCCUGUUCUUGGAACUCGCGCCCUUGAACUUACACCCUCCAGGAUAGUGAACUUCUUCUCGAAGCGAUCUUUCAGAUCGAACCCAUUGAAGAGGACCAAGAGUGUCACAAAAUUGGAAAGAAAACGAGUUCUCGACAGUGACGGAGUUCCGGUACCACCACGGCUGCGUACAUCACGGUCUCACGAGUCUUUGCUGUCUGGCCAAAGUGUAAUGCAGACUCUGGAUUUGGGAGCAGGGGGCGUGGAGAUCAAGCCCCUACAUCCCUCAGUCCUAGGCCGUGAACACUGUUUCCAAGUUACACUUCCUGCUGGCAGCCCACGCUACUUCUCAUGUCGGUCAGCUGACGAGCGAGACAAGUGGGUGCACAGUCUGCGGAAGUCUGUUCAACCAGAUCAGGAACAUGUGCGACGUACGGACAAUUCCCUCAAGAUCUGGAUUCUCGAAGCCAAAGGAAUCGCAAACAAGAAGAGGUAUUUCUGUGAUUUGUGUCUUGAUAAGACGCUGUAUGCCCGUACAUCAUCCAAGCAGAAGGGAGACAUGUGCUUUUGGGGAGAACAUUUCGAUUUUCACAACCUGCCUCUUGUGAAUGUUAUUAAUGUGAAUCUGUUCCGUGAAGCUGACCGCAAGAAGAAACGGGACAAAAAUGUCUUAGUUGGUAGCGUAAGCAUACCAGUGCAUGAAGUGACAUCUCGGUACCUGAUAGAGAAGUGGUAUCCUGUUUUGUCAGAAAAGGGAGUACCAAAGGACCCACCUUCUCUGCGGGUGAAAUGUCGCUUCCAGUCAGUAGACAUCCUGCCAGUUCAGGUGUACCAAGAAUUUCUGCAGUUCCUGAAGACAGAAUACAAACCAUUAUGUGAAGCACUGGAACCAGUAAUUGGAGUGAAGGCGAAGGAGGACAUUGCAACAGCAAUGGUCCACAUCAUGCAGAGAGAGGGCUUGGCGCAGAAGUUCCUUGCUGACAUAGUCAUGAUGGAUAUUGACAGGAUAGAUGAUGAACGCCUGACAUUCAGAGGCAACUCCCUAGCAACAAAGGCAAUGGAGGCCUACUUGAAACUGACAGGUGAUCGCUACCUGCAGGAAACUCUUGGUGAGCUUGUGAGUUGUGUACUUAACUCAGGGCAGGACUGUGAAGUUGACCCACUGAAGGUGGCCAGUGUAGCAGCCCUACGCAAGCAACAAGACAACUUGAGGGCUGCGGUGGAAAUGGCAUGGUCCCGCAUCUUGAGUUCACACCAGUCUUUCCCUGUGGAGUUACGCGAAUGUUUCCACAUAUUUCGAGAGCGUCUUACAGCCAUGGAACGAGAAGACAUUAGUGAUAAUCUCAUCUCAGCCUCUAUCUUCUUACGCUUUUUGUGUCCAGCCAUUCUGUCACCAAGCCUGUUUAACAUAACACAUGAAUAUCCAAAUGAGAAGGCUGCACGUAAUCUCACUCUUGUGGCCAAGACGUUACAGACACUGGCUUCCUUCACACGCUUCCAAGGAAAGGAGAACUUUAUGGAAUUCAUGAAUGACUUCCUGGAACGAGAAGCUCCAUCAAUGAAGAAAUUCUUGCAACACAUCUCAACACGCGUGCAGCGUGACUUCUCAUCCCACCACUGCCUAGAGUUCGAUGGCUACAUUGAUCUUGGCAAGCAGUUGAGCCUCCUGGCUUCUUUGCUACAUGAAUGUGUGGGAAAACUUGGACCUGGACGCAGUGGGGAACUCCAGCGGCUUACACGGGCGCUAGACAGGGUGCGACUGGCACAGAGUCAGCCAACGGGAUUGAUCCGUCAGCACAGUUCACCCCCAAUGCCUGGCACUGUACCUUCACCGGGACUGAACGAACCAGGCAACAGGAAUUCUGAACCAGCAGUUCUGCAGACUCUACAAAGGAACAUCUUCAGGUUUAAUGACCCUACGGUAUGCAAUGGCAGUGUUCUGGGCCAUUUCUACAAUGGACAACAGCAGCAACAGCAGCAUCAUUAUCAUCAUCCUACCAGUGAGAUGAGUGGGUCCAUGAUUGGCACAAGCUCUGGUCAUGUUUCACGUUCACCCGUUGUACCCCGAGCAUCGACUCUGCCUCGUAAUGCCUUCGUGCCUAGACUGACAAUGACUUCAGCUGCUCAUGAUGAGUACUGUGAUCCACCUCCAGCCUAUCGCAGCCCCAGUCCGGCUGCACAUCAUUGUGGCAUUCAUUGCGUCCCACCCGGGAACCUGCAGCACCGGAGCGGGCGCUCCUCUUCCGUCGCUAAUGGUUUAAAUGGGAAUGUGACUGUUAAUGGGAAUGUGAAUGGAAAUGGGAAUUUGGACGAGCUGUCUGAUCUGCUGCGUUAUGCAGAUGACGAGGCUCUGUCAGAGCACAAUACCAACAAGGGCAGUCAGAUCUCCAUUUCACAGCUCUCCAAUGUAGCUUCAUCUGGGUAUCAGAGUUUUGCCUACAGUCAGAGCUCAAGCCCUGUAGAUCUCACUAUUGCAAACAACAACAACAACAACAAUAAUCCUGCACCAGCAAAUAAUACUGUAAACAACAACAACAAUAAUAAUAAUGUGAGUGUUGUAGCAGCUGCCCCACUGGCUUUCACCAACCCAGUAUAUCACAUGGAAUUGCGGCAGCACAUUGCAGCCCUGAAUGGACAUCGCCAUUUGUGUCGGCGUCAUUCUUGCAGUUCAUCUUCUGAAGAGAAUGGUGGUGGUGGAACAUUGGAGAGGGUUGGUGGGGUGGAUGUUCCUCCUUCACCUUCAACUCCAACACCACCGCCAGUUCACAAGUUCUCCCCAGGAUCACGAGCUCCACGCACAAAUCCGCAGUGUGCACAGAGGAGCAACUGGCGUAGCACAAACGGGCAGGCUGCCAGUGUGCUGCAAGCACAACCUCAUACGUGUACCGGCAAUCCAGAUCAACCCAUUUCUGCAUGCUGUACAAAACUGAGGCGACGGUUGUCUCUGGACUCGACUCGUGAUCUGUCAGACUCAUCAGACGAUUAUAGUUGCCAUGAACAGCACAGUAAGCUUCGAAGUCCCAGGAAUAUUGAACAGUAUGAGCAAGAGAUCGAAAGGUUGCAAAAGAAUGUAGAGCAUUUGAAAUUGAAGUUGGAACAGGCAGAACAGCAACGAGACCAUGAACAGCAAGGCUCAGGCUUGGACUCACCAGAUAUUGACUCAAGCGAGCAGGAUUCAACCCAUGAUCUGAGGGACCCACCAACCCCAGGCCAAGCAGACACAAACAUGAAGAACAUCAUUGCUAGGUUGAUCUCUGUCGAGGAAGAGCUUCGCCGUGAACAGCAAAAGAUGUCUGAUGCACUGUCGCACAAGCAGAGGGUCAUUGAGGCCCAAGAACAUAAGAUUGCUGCGUUAGAUGCUGCAAACAAUCGUUUGCUCUCAGCUCUGACCACUCUGAAGGAUCGAUAUGCACUCCAGCAACAAGGGAAGAAUGGAGCCCAGCGUCUGUUGGCAGAACUGAGUGAACUAAAGAGUUCAUCAUGCUGAGGUGCCCAGUGUACAAUUCUGCAACUCAGGUCUCUGUGGGGAAGAGGGGAUCUAGUUAAAUGUACCUGGUACUUUAUACCUUACUGAUGGUCAUGUAGAGCUGAUAUGGGAGAUCAGCAGAUGCAUAAAGAGGGUUGAGCAGCUUUCUUUAUGACUGUUGAGUGCAAUAAAAAGUUUUCUGUCUAUUUUCAAGAGUUUGAUUAAUGUUCACAUCAGAAACUUUGGUGAGAAUCCAUAUGAGAUUUUUCAUUGAAUAAUUACCAAUAUCCCAGUACAUUUCUGAAGCUGUAAUUCUUCAGAUAAAUGUGCUGAAAUAAUGUAAUACCUUUCUGAUGAAUAACCAUAUGAAUUCACCAUUAUUAUUCCUUUCCCACACAGAAGUCAUCAGUGCGCCCGCUGAUGCUACAAUAAUCAAUACCAGGUGCAGAGCUUUAGUAAAAUGUCAGAACUGUACAUCUAUCUUCUGUUGACAUGGUGAAUUUUCAGUUACACAUCUCGUGAUAUGGUUUAAGGUAUCGGGUAUUUUAAAAUCUGAUACAAGUAUUAUAAAUGAGAUUUGCAUCAUUCAGCAGCUGAUAAUUAUCAGAAUUGUAACUGGGUACAGUAUUUUCUUUAACUUGAGUCUUGUUAUCGUGUACUUGAUUGUGAAUUGAGAGUUUUGGUUAGUGAAAUGUGAUUGUGUAACAUAUUCAGCUGUAGGACAUACAUAAAUUAGCCAGUUGAUUGUACCUGUUCUUCAACAGCUGUUACGGAGCUCCACCUCUUGUUUUAAAGUAUGAAGGGAAGUCGUGAAACUUAAAGAAGACAGUAUUUUACCUAUCUGCUGUGCAGAAGUAGUUUGUGCUCACUGCCUAGAUAGUCUUAUCGCAUCACUUUAUCGUCUUACUGAAUGUUAUCACAAAAAUGCACAAAUUCAUUAUACUGUGUACAUUAAUCACUGAAUUUGGACGCCUUGGCAAUGCACAUGUAAAUUUGCCUUGAUAUAAUGGUGGUCAGAGAUUUAAACAUCAUUUGAUGGUGGACCAUUUACAUGGUUCAUGCAUAAACCUCUCUAUCUUUGUAUUAGGAAUGCUUGUGAUGAUAAUUAAAUGUGUAUUAACAAUACAUGGCACAUAUUUUCUCCUCUGGUUGCAAUAAUUCAGUAAUAAAUUAGUAUGAUAUGGCAGUCCAAAUCUUGUAACUAUUGUUUGCAUACAUGAAAGGAAAUAUAUCCACCUUCAGCAUUCCAUAGUCAGGAUACAGUUUCACUUGUUUGAAUGUUAAUUGUGGAUAUCUGUGGUAACAUUUU